AUGCUCCGCCCGCAGAGCUGUUGGCGUCUGGCGAGCAAAUGUUUCCACACCACAGUGAGGUUUCUGAAGAAAACUGGAACUGAGCACUGGUGGUUGGAGCGGCACUUGAAGGAUCCCUUUGUCAAGGCAACGAAGCGACAGCAUUACCGUUGCCGAAGUGCCUUCAAAUUACUAGAAAUUGAUGACAAGCUUCAUAUUCUUCGUCCAGGACUUUCUGUUCUUGACUGCGGAGCGGCGCCUGGUGCCUGGAGCCAGGUUGCUGUGGAGAGGGUCAACGCCUUAGGUACCGAUCCUGCUGUCCCCACUGGCUUCGUCCUUGGUGUUGACCUCCUGCGGAUUUCUCCUCUGGAAGGAGCAGUCUUCCUGUCGGAGGCUGACAUUGCAGACCCAAGCACGCUGAGGACGAUUCAGAGUCUGCUUCCUGCAGAGAAGGUGGAUGUUAUCUUGAGCGACGUGGCACCUAAUGCGACAGGCAUUAAAGAACUGGAUCAUGAGAAGCUGAUCAAUCUGUGUUUAGGCCUUCUGAAUCUGUCACAAAGUAUUUUAAAGCCAAAAGGAACGAUGCUCUGUAAAUUCUGGGAUGGACAUGAGUCCCGUCUUCUGCAAAACAGACUGAAGGAGCAGUUCCAAGACGUGAGAACUAUAAAGCCUCAGGCCAGCCGGAAAGACUCUGCUGAAUCUUAUUAUUUGGCAAGACUGUACAAAGGGAAGUGAAAGCUGAGAACUGCAGAUUUUCAAACAGGUGAUCAGACAUUAAUAGGAAAUCUGAAUUUGGCGUGUGUUUAGAGAAAAAUCCCACCAUUAAGACCCUGGGUAAAUCUGCCACAAUUCUUAUGAAGUACAUCAUACUUUUUAAACACAAAAGUAUACCAGGGUGCUGUCCUGCUGAGUUUAUCCACUAAUUAUACAAGCAGAGACAUCCAAUCUAGCUUCUCACCUGUGGAGAAAACGGUUGGGAACGGAGAGGAGUAAUCUGAAAGGCAACCUCUGGGGCUGGAGUAAUGGAAACGAAAAUAAAACAGUGAUUAUAUG